AUGGCAUCUGCAGGUAAGCCGUCGCAUCUUGUUAUUCGAGAACCGAAACAACGAUGCGUUGAAAAUCUUAUUCUUGUGUGGUAUGAUCCAAGUGUAAAUAGUGAUGAGGAUGAAAGACGAGCUCGCAAAACUAUCAGUGAGUUCCAGCACAUCAUCAGUUGGAAUCUAUUACUCAAUGAUCACAAAACAUGCGUCGAAUUUCUCACUCGAGUCAUUAAAGAUCAAAGAGCUUUCUUUGUCAUUUCAUCUUCAACCUCGCCCAGUGAUGCUCACAACAUGAUUUGUUCAAUUCAUCAUCUUGUUUCAAUUGAUUCUAUCUAUGUUAUGGGUGCGACGAUGAUACAUGAAGAUUUUCCACGAAAGGCGAAGAGCGGUUUCCUUCACACAAGUGUUCUGAGUGAACAGCUUCAAAAGGAUGUCAAACAAUGUGAACAAGAUCUUGUUCGAGUAAAUAAGCAAGGUGGAUCCUCUUUCAUGUAUUCUCAAUUACUGAAAGAGAUUCUUGUUGAAAAUAUCGAUAAAUCCACAUUAUUUGUAAUGAUAUAUGCUCACUUUUGUCGUUUAAACUAUGACGGGAAUGCCCAAGAAUUGCGUAUGAUCGACGAAUUUGAAAAAACUUAUGGGAAAGCACAGCACUACUCGCCUAUUUGGUGGUAUACUCGACGGUGUUUUGUCUCACGCACACUCACUCGUGCCAUUACUCGUUUGGAUGUGGAAAUUUUAUCUGUCAUUCACUUUUUUAUUCGAGAUCUUCACAAUCAACUCGUCAAAAUUCACGCUGAAAAUUCAAAGUAUGAGAAACCAUUUAUUGUUUAUCGCGGGCAAGGAAUGCAGCAAGACGACUUCGAGCGUAUCUUGAACAAGAAAGACACUUGUGUUGCCUUUAAUAACUUUUUGUUUACGACCACGGAACGACAAGCUGCACUCGAUUCGGCUCAAAAUACACUUGACAGAAAUCUGACAGCCGUUCUGUUUGAAAUGCAUAUUGAUCCAUCAUUAAAUAAUAUCAGUCCAUUUGCACGAAUAGGACAGUUAAGCUGUGCAAAGAAGAACAAAAAUCAAAUUCUCUUCUCUAUGCACGCUACUUUUCACCUCGAAACUAUUGAACAAUCUGACAGUAGUGUAUGGAAUGUCAAAUUGAAAUUGUGUAACACUCCAAAUGAUCCACUCAUCGAUCGUAUGCGGGAAAGAACGAAAGGAAAGAAUGUUCUAUUUCGAAUGGGUGCACUGUUCAUCGAAAUGGGUGAGUUUGACAAAGCUCGAGAAAUUUAUUCGUCGAUGCUUGUUGGAGGAGUUUCGAAAGAUGAUUUUCAUACUCAAGCUCAUCUUCAAAAUCGAUUGGCCUUCAUUUUUGAACAGAUAGAUAGAACAGACUUCUCACAGUAUCAUUACAAUGAAUAUCUCAAUUUGAUAAAGAAGCAUGCGCUAAAAAAUGAGUUUGAAUGCGCAAAUUUACAAGAGGUAGAUUGUUCUGAGAUUGUUAAAGUGGCGGCCUCGCCCGUGUAUUCAUCGCAAAAACAAGAUGGGUGGUUAUCCGAUAGUGACUCGAGAAAAUUCUCUCAAGUUGGCCUGAUAGUUGGUGAAGCAAGAUCCACGAUGCAAAAAGAAAAAUGUCACGCAACAUCAACAUUACCAACAAACAGUUUGGCAGAAGGAAUGGUUGGUUUUGCUUCUAUUUCAGAAGAAAUAAGGCUGCUAGAGUGGGGGCAAAAUAAUCAAAAGAGUAGUAUAUUAAAUGAGCCGAUAUCUGAGAAAAAGCCAGAAGAAACAAAUAAAUGCAAGAAAAACAAAAAACAUAAGAAAAAGAAGCAGAUUUCUUUGAUUACAAAAGGAUUUGAAGAUGUCACUGAUACAUUAGACAACGAGAGUCCACAAUCUCACCAGCCGGCUUUUCCAUCAGCAAAUGAAAAUGAAGAAAAAUUAGAAAAGGAAUUUUGGAGUUCUGAAUUCGGUCACACGAAUCAAACUCAACAACAGGCUUUACAUUUCUUGAAGCAAUCGUCACGACGCGAUCAUCAUCGAAGACUUGAUUUAACUCAACAACUGAAAAGAAAACCGCGUAUAGUCGUACAAGUUGGUGGUAAUGGUUGUGGUCGGCUUGCUGCAUCAAAAAAUUCUGUUUUGUUUUCGCCGUCUAAUACAACCGUACUGCUAUCGCCAUCUCCGUCGCACGAGCUCUAUUACAUUAAUAGACACGGAAACAAAUUACAAAUAGAGUUGAACAAUGAAAAAAGAAUUGGAAUUCAAGCUGUUUGUUGGUCAUCUUAUUUGGAAAAAUUUAUUGUACUAACGGCAGAUAAGAUUAAAAGAGUUUACACAUUUGACGAGAAAAAGGUAACAACUAAUAACAGCCAACACAUGGAAGAUAUUCCAGAUUCAAUAGAUCGAGAGUACGAAAGUUGUACGUGCUCGGAUCAAAUAUUUCUGGUCACUUACAAAGGAUUCAAUCCGAUUAUUGAUCAAUGGCAGUUGUCAAAUUGGAAGCGCACAAAAUUAUGGCAGCCGCCCAUAUCGUGCGGAAAUUUAGAAAUGAUUCAACAUAUACGAUUUUCGCAAAAUAAUAGCUUACACAUUGGAUUGAUAAUCAAUGAGUUUGAAACAUAUCGAUUUGAGUUACGGAAUUAUUUGACUAUGGAGUGCCUACAAACUGUCGCUUUUAAUGAGAGUAAUCAGAUAAAUACACCAGUACCAAUUUCUUUAUCGACUGGUGAAUGGCUUUUUACAGCUACUAUGAUAACCUUUAUUUCAAAAAAUAUAAUAGCAAGAUUACCUAUCGAAUAUGGCAAUGAUGUUGAGAACGCGGUACAAUUCAACCAAGAUUGUCUUGUACUAAAAACGACAGAUGGAAAUUUAAGGUUUUACAAUUAUCAUGAUUAA